AUGCGACCCUUCUGUUGCUCUUUGGCCGACUUGGAAGAGGCCUGCGAAGAGGUGGGCCUCCACCCAACCGUCGCGGCCAGCGAGCCGGAGGAGGUGGCACCUGCCCUGCAAGGGCUCCUGCAACGAGGUGCCUUGCAGCCCUUGUUGGACGAACACUGUUGGAACGCUUUGGUGGGCGCGAAGAAGCUCUCGAGCAAGCAGGAGAUGCUGGGCCGGCGGCUGGAUGGACGGCUCCGGGGACUCUGCUCCACCAUCAACGGCGUGGGCAUGAGUCGACCCAGGUCUCCCGUGGAUUCCUUGUUCUUCCUGGUGACGGUGGAGCACAUGGUUCGAGUCUGCAAUCGACUCUGCUGCAGCUUGGAGCUGACCCCGAUCGGCGCCAGCGACAAGGAUGCGCCUGGCACGGUGAGGUUGCUGCCUGGCGAGGACGCCGACUGUCCGGAUUUAGACUCGAUGCAGCUGGAGCUCCUCCUCCCCAGAUCGGACGCACGUGUGGCGAUGGCGCGGUCGAAGUCCUCGUCCUUCCGGGCCUCCGUGACGAGUAUGGCAGAGGAGGAGAACGAGAUGCUGGAGGAAGAGGAGGAGGAGUCCCCGAGUUUACCCGAGCGCUACGUGCUCCAGCGCCCCCAGCGGCUCCUGGAACCCGGAGACAAGCUGGUGGAAGUACAGGUGCAGAAGGAAGAAGGGGUCGUUCAAGAGUGUCUCGGCGUGGAGGGCAGGAACCCAGGUCAGCUCACGCUGUUCGUGAGCCACUGGCUGGUGAACCGUCAGAACGCCCCGGUCGUGAUCCCACAUCCACGCUCGGUCGGUCUGAGCCGCUCGCGGCACGUGGUGGACGAACCGAUGAUGGUCAUCCCGGGGCAUGGCUUGAGACCCCUGUCGCAGCACGCCCUGGCCGACGGAUCGCUGGAGAUUGGCCUCCGCGCGCCGGAGGCGAGCGAGGCGCCGGGCCACACGCCGAGCAACGCGCGGCCGUCGCUGCAGCGGACGGUGCGAAGGCGGAAGACGCUCUUCGCCUCGCAGAAGGGUUCGAAGACGGGGAGCAUCAAAGUGGAUAGACCAAGGAAAGGUGGUGUGCUGCCCUUCUUGGCGGUAGAGGAUGGCCCUGACAGCUUGUGCUUGGGUUUCUCUGUCAACCAGGCGCCCUUCCCCUUCUACCGGACCUUAGUCGUUGAGGUGACGCGGCGCUACACCCUCGUGAACCUGAAGAACCACCGACUCUGGGUCUCGGAUGGCCACAACUACCUGCACCUGAUGCCGGGCAAGCCGCAAGCCUACCACCCCCACGGCGGCGAUGCGGAGUUUCACCUGGACAUCAGCGGAGUGGGGCCCAAGGAGUUCACCGCGGGCUUUCGAUUGAGCCAACUCUUUAAGCUGGCGGGUGAUGAUACAGGUCGGCGAGGAAAGCUCCAGCUGAUGUACAUGGUGUCCUCGGAGGAACAGCGGAGUUCCACGCAGAGCUUGGCGAGCCUCGACUCCUCCAAGGCCUUCAGCGGCACGCGCUGGGGACUCUUGGUCGUGGAAGCCCUCGAGGUCUCCUCGGCGCUGAUCUUGCGGUUCCUGGAUCCUCCAAAGCCGCAGUUCCGCAUGGUGAACCGCGCCCGGAGCAGCGUUUGUUUCCGCCAGGACCACCCUUCGGCGCCGUUGUUCUACUUGCCACCGGAGGGCGUGUUGAACUUCGCCUGGUACAGCCCGCCCUCCUUCCGCACGGCUGCGUCGGAGAACGUCUCCUCCAGCGCACCGGCGCUCCUGUUGGGCGCGGUGGUCGACGAAGUGGUGUCAGAAGAAGAGCUCUACCGGGUCCCCACGCACCGUUACGACAUCGCACAGGUGCGCGAACACCAGCAUCUGGAGUUUCCGCAGUCUCAAUCGCACUCCUUUACCUUCCGCGCGAACAGCCGGAUGAGUGGCGCCGUGUCGAAGCGUGUGAGUCGAGUGACGCGUCGAAUGACCUCCAUGAUCACCAUGCAGCACAAGCCGCCGGACCUCUACAAGGUGAGGACCAGCGUGCAUCAAGGGAGCCUGGAAGUGCACAUCUUUCCGUGGGUCCGCGUGAGUAAUGAAACCAAGUGGCCUGUGACCGUGCGUGCGGAUUCCUCCGAUGCAGGUCAGACGAUUGAUCUGGAAGAGGAAGUGGACUUGUGGCCAAGCUCUAAGAACGAGAUGCUCUUCCAGAUGAAGCGCUCGGGCGUGGACGCCAAAGGCAAUUCCUUCGAGUGGUCGCAGCCACUGACGUUGUCCGAGAGCAUGACCACUUACCGGGGCUUCUUCCGCCAGCGCUGUGGAGGUGAGGCGGACACGGUGGAGGUCUCCGUGGCACGCGACGAGCUCAGCGGAUUCCUACGGCUCACGCUGUCGGCCUGCAAGCAGGACCCGUUCCUCAUCGAGAACAAGUCCAGCGAGAAGUGUCGCUUUGCGCCGAAGAAUGCCACAGGUUGGGUGAUGCACUUGCAGAAGGGCGACGGUGAAUGUCCCUUCUUUUCUCAUCUCUGGGGCGGCGACACCUGGAUGACUCUGACCCUCAGCGCGCGAGGCGAAAGCCACGAGUCCUUCGACUUUGAUCUGGCAGUGCCACACACGCAUCACUUUCGUGAUCUCAUCAUCGAGGUGGGCAAGGUCAAGGACAAGCCGAAGCUGGUGGUGGUCCGAGACACCACGGAGAAGCAGACCAAGUCACUGACUCGCCGGUCCAUCCGCGAACGAGGCGUCUUGGGGACCUUGAACCGGAUGUCCGUGGCCUUCAGGGCUGAUCACUUGGCCCCCGCCUUGGAACUGGGCGUGCAGAAGCUCCAGAGCUUGGCGAGUCAAAACGGGAAGAACGAGAUGAAGACGGUGAAGUCCCACGUGACCUUCGCCACAGAUGAAGACCAGGAGGAGGAGCAGCCGCAGCACCGGCUGUUCACCAUGGGUUCUGGGAAUCACUUGAAUCCUAUGAAGUCAUUGGAAUCGCUGAAUCUGCAGCCGCGGAGGUUCAUCGAAUGGAUGACUAUGACCAGCUCGUUGACCUCUAUGCCGACCUUGAGGCCGCGCAGAUGUCUAUGCUUCCGAUGCUUCGGGCGGAAGGAGAAGGCGGUGGAGCCCCUGCGGCGAAAGAAGGCGGUGCGGAUGAAGCCGGCGCGGAGCAACUUGAUGGGCCAGGAGAUCGAUGAGUUGGAUUGGUCCUUGGACCUGCGGUUGGAGGGCCUUGGGGUGGCGAUGCUGGAGAUGCAGCUGGACACAAGGGAAUCCCAUGAGCUGGGCUACGGCUCCUUGAAGGGCCUCACCGUUCAGCUGCGGCAAGUGGCGGCCAAGACGGACGUGGACGGCCGGGGCGGGUCGCUCUGGGUGGAUUUGAAGCUGAGAAGCGCCCAUUUGGAUGUGGGGACUGGCGAUCUGAAGCACCAAAGCAAAGCGUGCCACUCGGUGCUCAGACCCUUCACGGGGCCACUGCAGAUUUUGUCCGAAGACGGGGAGCCACCGGCCAUCCUGCAUCUGGAAGCCAUGUUGAAGCUCAUCACCGAAAAUCAAGAAGUGGCUCCUAGGCUGAUAGAGCCGCAGGCGGCGACGGGCCCGAGCCGCAAUGGAUCGGCCCACUACGAGGUGAGGCGCUUUGAGCUCAAAGUACAGCCCUUGGGCCUCCACAUCGAAACCGCCUUGGUCUCCGAGGUGGUGCUGUGGGUCUUGGAACUGUCGAGUGUGCUGAAGAGCGGCACACAGCGGCAGGAGAGUCACAUGCAGCAUUUAGCCAAUGCGCUCGAUGCAGAGGAGAAUAAUGCCGAGCCCAAUGUGGCCCUGGCGGAUCUGCGCUUCUGCGAGCCGCGCUGUGUGACGGAUCCCACGGCAGAGGACUUCCAAGAUCGGACCCCCGUGGUGAUCCGUGAGCUGCUCUUGCGGCGCAUCUGUUGCGUGAUGACGCUGAGCUUCACGGGGACGGGAUCAUGGAGAUCAGACAGAGAUGAAGAGCUUCAAGCCUUGGAGAUGUUACUGAGACUGACCUUGCCCUUGGACGUGCACCAGGCGCGGCUGAUGUUGGGGAAGCUCGUCUUCGGCUGGCGCGGUUGGUCCGUGAAGGACUUCACCGUUCGAGAGCGCUUCUUGUCCAACGGCACGGAAGAGUUUGCGGACACCUUGCUGCGGGAGUUGAGCCGCGCGGUGUUACAACAGGUGCCGAAGCUCUUUGGCAGCCAACUCCUCAUCGGGAAUCCCCGGCGCUUGGGCGAGGAGCUCCUCCGUGCCGCGGAGUUGGGUGCGAUGGGCAUCACCCGGUUGCAGCCGAAGGUGGUCCUGGCCGCCUUCCUGCUGGGACUGGCUGCCUUCACCACGUCGCUCCGGGGGAUGUUCCUCAUCGUCUCCAAGGAAGGCUGCCGAGCGGUCACGGGGCAAGUGCCCGAUCAACUGCUGCGGGAGCCUUCCCGGGUGCGCCAGUCGCUGGCACAGGCCAUCUACUAUGGCCUCCCCUGGCACGGCUAUCGGCUGGCUUUGCGCCUCCGCCAGCGGUGGAAGGAGUGGAGCCACCGCUGCAGUUGCUGCGAGGGGCUGAAGCUUCUCCUAGCCUCGUUGCUGUGGAUUAUCCUGGCGCCCAUCUCCGCGCUGCUGGUGACGGUGACGAAGAUCUUGCAGGCCCUGGAGUUGAUCAGUCGGCGCACGGCGCGCUGGGCGAGCCCCACGCACGUCACGGCCAUCGGCCCUCCGACGCCCAUGAGGACGGGGUCGCAGCAGUUCGUCGCGGGCUACCCGAAGCAGUUCUCACGGAGCGCGGCGCCCGCGCUGGAGGCGUUGAAGAUGGAGCUCGCGUCGGGGACGUUCUGA